AUGACAAGCGCUAGAGGAACCGUUGCUGCUUGGCUCCUCCGCUGUCUCAGGGUCGUCGCGCCACCACCAUGCUGUCGCGCUCCUAUUCUCCACGGCCCUCCACGGCUCAGCGCUGACGAGGACCGACGGGAUCCCCGCCACUGCUUCCUCCACCCAGCGGCGAGAGCUGUGCCCGCUCUUCACUACGCCGGCACACCACGCUGCUCAGAUCCGUCAUGGUGGAAACCCGAUACAGGUUUCCCUACAGAAGUUGAUGGGGGUUUCGAAGAUCUUCAAGCUGCUGAAGAUUUGGGAGAUUCGGAAGAUCUUUAA